AUGACAUCUCUACUAUCAGCUCUCAAUAAUAAUAGUAAUAGUAUGCCGCAAAAAAAUUAUUUUAAUUAUUUGAACUUUGAGGCCAAUGUGCCACAUUUUCUGCCUCCAUAUUCAUCCGAACUACGACCAAUCACAAAGAUAGAAAAAACGCCGUCUACUCCUCAGUCACAUGACGAUGGAGAAGCCAACGGUGAUAUCAGUGGGGACGACCAAAGUAUUGCAAGUGAUCACCCUGACCAUCACGAUGAUAAUUCGAUGGAUUCAGAAAGAGACGGGGCUCUAAAUUUAGUAAGACCAACGAACGAACAACAGAGGAUAUCAACCCCUAAUUCCCAAGUAACGAGUUCGAGUCCAGGGGUAGGAGCUGCUUUGGCAGCUCUUGGCAGUUUAGGCGGAAUUUUCGGCAACCACCUCCAAAUGUUGGGCAGCUUGCCCGCCUUCCAAAGCCCGCAGAACCUGCAGCAGCUGCAACAGCUCGCCAUGCUGCAGCAGGCCAGCGGGAACCAGAUGAAUCCGCAGGCGCAAUUCUUGUUCCAGAACCAAGGGUUUCUACAAGGAUUUCCUCGUUCAAGUAUUCCAACAAGGCCCCAUCAUACGAUGCAGGUACAGCAAAUUGCGCAAGCAGCUCAACAGCUUCAACAGCUUCAAAAAGUGCAACAUAACAAUAACCAACACAACACCAGUAUCCCACCGAAUGCUGGUAUGCCUCAUCAAACAACGCAGACCACACCUCCUAACAAUAACCACAACAUACCGGCUAGUAUUCUGACGCCUAGCACACCCGGUUCUGGUGGUUUAACGCCUCAGCACUUAAAGACACCUUCUAGAAUAUUAGAACCAUCUCCGGAAGAGACUACAGACCUUGAGGAGUUGGAGCAAUUCGCCAAGACUUUUAAACAAAGGAGGAUAAAAUUAGGUUUUACUCAAGGCGAUGUUGGUCUAGCCAUGGGCAAACUCUACGGCAACGAUUUCUCUCAAACAACAAUAUCGCGAUUCGAAGCAUUGAACCUUAGCUUCAAGAACAUGUGCAAACUGAAACCACUUCUGCAGAAAUGGCUAGAAGAUGCGGACAGUACUUUGGCCAACCCGGGAGCCCUCAGCAACCCCAUGACCACCCCUGAAACAAUAGGAAGGAGGCGAAAAAAAAGGACGUCUAUAGAAACAUCUGUACGAGUGGCAUUAGAAAAGGCUUUCAUGCAGAACCCUAAACCGACAUCCGAAGAGAUAACCAUGCUGGCAGAUGGGUUGUGUAUGGAGAAAGAGGUGGUAAGAGUAUGGUUUUGCAAUAGGAGGCAGAAGGAGAAAAGGAUAAACCCGCCUACAUCCACCAUGGGGUCCCCGUGCUCUGUGGGGAACACCAACGGCAACAUGUUUCACAUCGCCAAUAGUUUGGCAACUAGUCCCCUAUCGCUAGUGACAUCUAGCGGCCAUAAUUACAAUCCCAACGUGAUGGUCAAGCAAGAAUGA